CACAGGUUAUUUGCUUUUUUUUUUAAUUUUAACACUGCUUCAGCUGUACCACUCCUGCACAGUCACAGUGGUGGACUCCGCCAGGAGCCGAUUCCUCUCUGAGGAGGGAGAAGCCACGAGCGUGAAGCAGGGACCCCACAGCUGAUUUUAAGGCAGCAUAACUCAAAGGCAGCAGCUGCUAUUGUACUUAAAGUGUUUUUAUCAAGGUAGACGUAUUUCGGCGGUACUGGUAAACGUUGGUCCGAGGAGAGACUACUGUAAUUUACUCAGAAGUUUCGCGGGCGUUUUUCAGCCGUGGCCCUGACGGGAUUUCCCGGCUGCGGGCCGUGCCCCUCGCGCUGCCCCUGCCGGCUCCCGCUCUGCGCUCGGCUUCCCGUGCCUGCCGGCCGCUCGGCGCUGCGCUGCGCGGACUGACGGCGGGCGGCUCCCUCAGCGCGUGCGGCGGCCGUUGGGCCUCAGGCGGCGUGGGCCGGCCCUCAGCGCCCGGCGCGGGGACGCUCGGCUGCGGAGCGGUGCGCGGGGGUACUCGGCGUGCUCGGAAGAGCCGUGAAGGCGCCGGAGGAGCGGUACGAGGCGGAGGGUUACGGAUGGGUCGUGCUAAGCCAGACGUAGUCUCUCUUUCUCCCCCCCUCCCCCCCGUUAAACUGUGGCAGAAGGAGCAAGUAUGCCCUGACUGAAGCUGCCUGUGCCAUGGAAAGGCUCUGAAGUUCCAUCAUGUCCGAAUCCAGGUCUUCAGGAAGGAGAAAAUCCCAAAUUGCUUUGUCACCGAGUGGAAAGAAGAAAAAAAAAGAAACGGCAAAGAAAGUGGAAGAUAAAGGAACGCCCACUAUACCUCCGCGAUCCUCCUCUAUUAUUUCGUUUUUUAACAACGCUCCCCCUGCCAAAGUUACCUGUCCCAUGUGUGGGCAAAUGGUGCCGAGGUACGGAAUUAAUGAGCACAUGGACGAGGUGUGUCAGAGCGGCCGCGCUGCGCUGGGUGGUGGUGAUGCAACGCUCAGCUCCGUUACCGCUGAGAGUCUUCCAGGUGCACACGUGAGCAAUAAUUCCAGCCCUUAUUUCUCAAAACUCUCAAAUAUAAGAACAAGUCCUUCCAAAAGCAGCGUGUUGAAAACAGAAGGGAGUGCAAUGCAACAGAUUAGUCCUUAUUUUAGCAAUAAGGGUUCAAUCAGUAAUGUUUACAAUGAGCCACAGGAGCAAACAGUUAAAGUCGUCUCUUUGGGAAGCUUGUCAUCUAAACUGUCCAGAAGACGCUGUGUCCAGAGAGGAAAACAGAUCGUGUAUAAAGAGAUUGACUCUUCACCUCCAGCUGUGCACAGCAUGUGCGAAAGUGCUGCAGCGCUGGAUGAUGUUGCUGAUGAGAUUUGUGUUGGGAGUAGCUCUCAGAAAGAAAAUGAGCUUGUUCAGAGUGCACACGAGGAACUAAAUCCCUCAGAAAAGGAAUCUGAAUUUCAAGCUGAAAUAAACAAAUAUAAUAGGGGAGAUCUUAUGGAUGUUGUUCAGAUAUCAUUGCCAGCUGAUAACAGCAAAAGAGUACUGUUUGGUACGAGGAACUUCAGAGUGGGAACUAGAUCUAAAGGUGUGGUGCUCAGUCCCAGUAAUUCUGAAACACAUCUGGCUGUUUGUACCUCAGCAGAGCUGGUCAGCAGUUCAGAGGUAAAGGCUCAGCUUCGUGCUCAGCAUGUUCUGUCUUCAGAGACGAAAGUGAACUAUAGUACACAAAGCUGCUUUAAUGACAGUGAUGAACAGGUACUUCCUGUGGAAGUUCUUGAAGAUUUUAAUUAUGAGUUUAAUCAUAAUUUAUCAGAAACUGUGGAAAAGGUGGAGUCUCAAAAUUCCAUUGGUGAUAUUUUAGAUAAAAUAAAUGAGGUUAGCUCUCCUGGUCACCCAUAUUACCUCCGAAACUUUUUAAUGGUGUUGCGGGCGGUCUUGGAGAAUGAAGAUGAUAUGAGACUUUUUGAUGAUGAAGAUAUGAACAUUAUUACUAAGUUCUGCCAAUUAUCAGUUGGUGGGCAGAAAUUAUAUGUGAGACUUUUUCAACGUAAGCUGAACUGGUUAAAAGUGAACAAAAUUGAAUAUGGAGAGAUAGCUAUGGAUUUGUCACCAAUAAUUGAAGAAUUGGUUGAAGCCAGAUUUCUGCAAACAGAAUCUGAACUGGAAGACUUGUGUGAAGGUUUGGAUUUGCUUUCUGCCCCUGAGCUAAAAUCAUUAGCAAAGAUCUUUCACUUACCAAACCCAAAUGGUCAGAAACAACAACUUGUGGAUGAUUUCUUGAGGUUGGCAAAGCAACGUUCAGUCUUCAGCAGGAAUCAGGCUGGUAUUGGGACUGUUAUUUUGAAAAGGGCAAAGGAUCUGGCUGGCAGAUUGGUGAGAGUAUGUAAAGCCCCUCGAGCUGUCUUUUCUCGAAUCCUGCUGCUGUUUUCACUGUCUGAGUCAGUGGAGGAUGAAGAGGCUGGUAGUGCUGGUCAAAGCCAGCUCUUCACAGUUCUUAUGGUAAACAUGGGACGCAUGGUAUUCCCCAGUUAUGCUGUAAAUAGGAAAACACAAGUCUUUCAGGACAGAGAAGAUCUUAUCAGAUAUGCAACUGCUGCUCAUUUGUCAAAUGAUAUAGCCACUGCAAUGGUAAAUGGGAACUGGGAAGAAGCUAAUCAUCUGUAUAUGUGUGCAAAAGAAACCUGGAAUAAUCUGAAAAAUCACCCCUCUUUGAGCUAUCACAGAGUUCUACCUGAGUAUCUGCGACAUUUCACAGUUGGCUGGAAAUACACAAGGAUACUUUCUCAAGGUGUUGAAAUUUUGCAGAGACUUCACAUGUAUGAGGCAGCAGUGCAGGAGCUGCAGGCGCUUUUGUCUCAGGAUGUAUAUUGUACUGACAGCAGAGGGCGGUGGUGGGAUCGCCUAGCUCUGAAUUUACAUCAGCACUUGAAAAACACUAAGAAGGCCAUUGACUGCAUUAGGAAUGGACUGGCUGACCCAUUUGUGCGGACAGGGCAUCGUCUCGCUCUCUACCAGCGGGCCCUGCGCAUCAGAGACUCGCCGAGCUGCAGGCAGUUCAGAUGCCUGUUUCAUGAUUUGCCAGACAUAACUGUGGAAGACGUGACACACGUUACAAUCAAGGGAAAGAUGUGUCCUCAGACAAGAUUGGGAAAAUCUGUGUUUCUAAUGGAGGAUAUUGGUGAUGAGGAAGGAAGCAAAGACUGCAGUGUAUCCACAGUCAUGUGUUCAGUUGAGGAGCUUGCAUUAACUCAUUACAGGCAGAAUGGCUUUGAUCAGGGUAUUCAUGGAGAAGGUUCAACAUUUAUUACACUGUAUGGUAUUCUAAUGUGGGAUAUCAUUUUCAUGGAUGACAUACCUGAUGUCUUCAGAAAUUCCUAUCAGACGUUCCCCCUGGAUUUGUACACUGACUGCUUCUACGAGAACAGGAGGGAUGCCAUUGAGGCCAGGCUCCAGCAGCUUCACAUAGCUUCCUCGGAGACCCUGGCAAGCUUGAUUGCUGACAUCUGGACCACUCAGGAGGGAAAAGCAGCAGCACUGGUUAGCUGGGGACUUUUUAAUUCGCUCCAGCAAGUUCAGAGCCUUGUCUCUUGCCUUGGAGGAAUGUUUCUGAGUGGUGUUUUUAGGCGACUUUCCAAAGAUCUACGCCACUGCAGAGGGGGGCUUCCUGAUCUGGUUGUGUGGAGUACGCACAGUAAUCACUUUAAGCUGGUGGAAGUGAAAGGCCCCAACGAUCGCCUGUCCCACAAGCAGAUGAUCUGGCUGAGUGAACUGAAGAAGCUGGGUGCUGCUGUAGAAGUUUGUCACGUCCAAGCAGUUGGAGCUAAAAAGGAAGCGAAAGAAAGAAAAUCACAGGAAAUUCACUCUGGAAAGGUAUGAACUUCUUUUAUUCUAAUUUACUUCACAUUCACAAUUCAGCGUCAGGAUUUUAUAAUCUUCCUGGCACUGCUACUUUACUCCAUAAAUCAUUAUCAGGCACAAAGGUUUAGUUUCAGUUGAAAUAGCGAACUCUACGCCAUCACAGCAACAGCAUUAGAAACCUACUGCCUAGAG